AAAUUCGCGAAAUAAUAGCAAAACCAUGUCAUCGUCACGCACGACACCAAUGGACACACACGGUCGGUCUGGAGGGUCACCGUCAGCUGCACAAAGGCUAGCUUCCCACAGGGGGCUCGGCCUUGUGUCUACGCACAGCCGCCGCUGUGUCUGUAUCAUCUGCACACAACAGACACCGACAUAACCGUGACUGACAAAGAAGAGAGUGCAUCGUUGGUUCUCUCACGGUUUCUUGGCGAUAGAGAAGCCCGAGUUGAGGUAAGUCAACGAGAAGUCAAAGGUGAUGGGAGAGGUGGGGGCCAUGGCGAGGCUGAGGAUCUCGUGCUGCGAUCUGAAGCGCGUCCUGCUCUUGAGCCGAAGUGGCUUGUCCAAGACGAUCACCUCAGUCCGCCGCCAUCCCUGCGUGAGAAAGUUACAUGCAGAUUGUGUCUCCCUCCCCUGUUGUGUGGCUGGCUGACCUUCAGCUGGGUUGUCGAGCUCAUCAUAGCACACAGGUUGGUGUAGAAGGUAUCGAAAUCAUCCUCCUCGUCCAGCCCAUCUGCGCCGGAGAGACAGUCACGCAAUGUGUGUCUCGAGCUCACACAACUCAAGCCUUACCGUGCACCGAUAUUUGCGCCCAUUCGAUAGAUGGCAUGGCCUUGUCCGUCCAGAAAAGGCCCUCAGGCUGCUCAUUGGCGAGGUCUCCGGCUGAGACGCGAGAAUGCACAUUCUUCAGCACCGGCGGCCGACCCAUACGCACCGAAGUGGCAUUCAGGUGCUUCAGGAAGUUGCGCUGGGCGUUCAGGUCCGAGUGGCCAACCAACUCCACAAACUUCAGCCGAGUCAGAUGAGAGGCGAUCUCCGCGGCUCUCUUGAUCUUCUCCGAUGACAUACCGCUCGACGACUUGAAGUGGAAGGUAUUGGCGCACCGGAACGUUUCAUCCGAGACACGUGUCACGGCAGCCGCCUCGGCACCCUCAGGGACGAUCUCAUCUUCACCAUCGUACUGCACGUCACCCGCACAACGAGCAUACCUGAAAGACACGUGUCAGGUGCACCAGACACAGUUCGUGGAGAAGGGGAGGAAAGGUGUCGUGGAGGGCGGCGUACUCUUCAACGUAUCUCUUGACCCAUCGGGAUUGGGUGCGGGCCCAGAAGAGCAGGUCCGCUGAGAUGUGGACACCUCUCUCGCUGGACGACUGUAGGGACACAGCAAGGGGCUUGGAAUACGUCUCCGGAUGGCAUGUGUCCUCCCUGAUCAAACAAAGAAACACAAAUGUUUCUCCGCCAAGACAACAGUUGCUGGCUUUUGUGUGUGUGUCUUUUUACCCUAAGGUUCCGAUGGCCUCAGCGAGCUCCCGCGACUCGCUGUCAUUCUCCAGAUUGAGGCGCCCUUCCACACGAAGCUCCUUCAGACUGCGCCUCACGCCCCUCGCCACCAAUGUCUCCCGCAGCCUGUCGAUCUGUUGAGCAGUGGCGCUCAUCAUGUUGAUGAAGCUGAGGUGUCUGAGGUUGGCCAGGGGUUGGCCAUCCGGCGGCACUGCAGACAGCAUCUCGACCGAGAGCUCGCCUGUGCAUCUCUCUUGAUCUAUGCCCCCAUAACCAUCAUCUUGGUACUCGAGCACCUCCAGAGAUCGGCAGCCGUCUAUCCAUGAAGCACCUGCAGCAGGCUUCAGCUCCUCCACGUCCGAUGUGAUGGUGAGAGCCCGCAGGUGAGGCGUCCGCCACUGGCGACCGACACGCACGGCAGCGCACUUGCUUGGCAGGCCGGUGACGGUCUUGAGUGCUGGGAGGAUGGUAGGCGCCGAGAGGGCGGGGAGGGGGUAAGAUGGGGAGACAAAGCGGGGGGGCCGAACGUUGGCGGCGAGACCGACGGCCUCAAAGGACAGCGCCUCCAGCGUGCCCUUGUCAGCCGACUCGUCGCCAUCGUGAUGCAUCGACACGCCGUGGCUCGCCUUCUCUGCUCUCUCGUGGCUCCUCUUGUCUACGAUGGCUGCCCGGCCGAUGGCGUGUCCCUCAACCAAUGCCACCCAGGUCCCGCGACACCAUUUAGGACGACGGGGUGGAUAGCGGGUCUUGAGUGAUGAGAGGUGGGUGGCCCGCUGCCCCCACUUGUGCGCUACACUCAGCGGCAUCUUCUGCCACAUCCGCCGCGACUGGCGGUCGCUGCUGUCGAUGGUCAGGUGGGUGUAUUGCGCGGCUGCCUGGUUGAGGAUGUGGCUGCCGAUGGAGGGCCAGAGGGGCGUGAGGUCCCAGGGGUGCAUGUGGCCAAACACGAGAGACAGCUCCUCUCGGGACAAACGAAAACGGGCCUGAAGGGACAGAUGGAUGAAUGGGGCUGUAAAGGUCUUUGCUUUCUCGAGCUGACCGGUCCGUUUUUGAUUGGUCGGCGCCCGCUCUCGUAGAUCAAACGAUAUGACUGAACUACUGCCGGCUCGGCCUGAAGGUGUCGACACACAUAAAAUACAGCCGAAUCUUAACGUCGUUCAGCCCUUCCCUUGCGUAUUUCCCUCUCCUCCACACGCACCUGUGCUUCCAGCUCUUCGUCAUCAUCUGGCGCUGGUCGGCGCAGGCGUCGCUUGGGCCGCCUGGCCGUGGCUGCGAGGGCCUCAACAGCGCUUGACAGUCCCGGCUCGAAGAAGCCCAGCUGCGUCACUGUGUUAUCUAUGACGGUCGAGAGAGGGGCCAGCUGCAUGUGGACCGCCAACGCUGAUCGCGAAGAUGCCUGGCGGGCAGAGUGAAGGAAUGUGAUAGAUGGAGGCCAUUGCUUGUUUGCAUGCUGGUACCUCUGACGUGAGGUGCUUUGCAUUCAGCUCCUCAACUCUCAUCAGCUGAGCACUGAUCUGUUGCAAAGACGAUACACACACCGUCGUCGACGCUUCUGUUGCUCAACGCUUCUUGUCACAGUGCUUGGGGCUUUGUAUGUACCUUUGUUUGUACGCUCUGCAAGGCCCGCAAGCGCUGCUCGAUGCGACGCGCCUCCUCCUUCACCUGUAUCAUCAGUCCGUCACGAAUGCAGCCACGUACAGCCUCUAUCUCAGCUUCUGCAUCUUGGGCUCACCUUAUUGAACUCCAUGGUGGGCUACGAUGCGA